AUGAGCAGCCCACGAGUUGGUACAACAAGAGGUCGGGGCCGAGGUCGGAAACGUUCACGCCGUUACACUCCACCAAUUCCUAGCGAUAAUGACCAUUCACAGAGUCGCGAACGGGAUCAAACACCGGAUGCAUCACUCUCUCCCACGAUGGAAUUUUCAAAACAAGGUUUUCAAAAGCUCUCAAAGCUGAUCGAUUCGUCGUCGAACAGCUCAAUAAAAACAGAAACAUUACAUGUGAACCAAGAGGAUCAUCAGAAAAAUUCAACCAUAUCAGGAUUGACAGCUAUUUUAUCCGGGGUGCCUGGGAUUGCAGAUGAGAGCGGUGCAUCUGGCUUGCAAGAUGAACUUGAGCAAAUUUUCUCUCAUGCUAAUGGUGCUUCCAUACCAGCAAGCAAUACCGACUAUUCCCAUCCCACAUCUCUAUUGCAACAAUUCGGUUUAUGUUCGCCUCCAAAGGUGACGAAUGGUUUGAAUGCUGCUGCGGAUGGGACAACAGGAAAUGUUUUUAAUACUCCAACGUUCUACAAAAGAACGCGCAAAGAGCCUUCACGUACGGCAAAUUCUGCACCCGCCGAGGGCAACAAUGAUCGCAAAAAGCCGGUUGCAAGGCGAGGAAUUCUGCUGGACUAUUCCGGUUCCGACAUUUCACCUGCAACAAUCGCUUCAUCAAGUCAGUAUGCUCGUAAUCGUCGUUACUCAUCACAUAAUUCAACACAAGGCACGCAGGCAACCGACAGUCCAGAUUAUCCUAGCGUGUAUGUGGUUGCUUUCCUUCCAUCUUCUAUUCAUUCACUUUGCUUUCACUUUUCGGACUGUUGA